GAGACUCACUCGGGGAAUAUCUACCUCGGCUUGGUCUCUGGGAACUUUUCUACAACAAUUCAUCAACUACGGAGCCCUGAUACAUGGAGUCAGGAGUAUAGCGACACUUGUUCUUUGAAGUCAAAGCGAACCGGGAUAAAUUGAACGGUUUCAUCUGUUCUACAUCUCGGUGUAUCAACUGUUCGCUGUGAUUCAAACCAGGGGACAGACCGCACCACUCCAAAACCUGCUUCCAGCCACCAUGUCCUAGCUCACAUUAGUCCAGCUCCCUACCCCCAACCUUCCUGUCCCUUCAACCCCAGCCCCUCUCUGUAUUUUCCUCCUUCCCCCCCUUUCUGCCCCUCAUCUCUUAUCCCGAUGUGGUGAUUUCUGGUUGUGACACCAGCGGCGCACAUUUUUUUGGCGUGAUGAGCAGCCUGCGCCAGCAGCAUCAUGGCAGCACAGGCUCAGAGCGAGACCUUCACUCAGCUGCUUCCACUGUCAGCCUCCCCUCUAUUAGAAAGACCCCUAAGAAGCGGCGUCUGUCGCUCCACUCGCUGUUCGGUCGGCGGCGGCGGCCGGACCGCGACCCCAAGCGAAAGUCCAAGACCAUGCAGGCCGGAGCCGGGGUGGGCAGCAUCGUCAGCGCAGAGAGUGUCCAGUCAGAGACGUUCCACGAUAAGACCUCUGCCCACUCCCUGCCAGGCGUAGCCUCGACUUCAUCGGCGUCCGGGUCCACAUCGGAGUUCCUCGAGUGCCCCCUAUGCCUGCUGCGCCAUGCACGCGACCGCUUCCCAGACAUCAUGACCUGUCACCACCGUUCCUGCGCAGACUGCCUGCGACAGUACCUGCGCAUCGAGAUCUCCGAGUCCCGAGUCAACAUCAGCUGCCCCGAGUGCUCGGAGCGCUUCAAUCCCCACGACAUCCAGAUGAUCCUGGGAGACCGAGCCCUCAUGGAGAAGUACGAGGAGUUCAUGCUGAGGAGGUGGCUGGUGGCUGAACCCGACUGCCGCUGGUGCCCCGCCCCAGACUGCGGUUAUGCAGUCAUCGCGUUCGGCUGUGCCAGCUGCCCAAAGAUCACCUGUGGGCGUGAUGGCUGUGGCACAGAGUUCUGCUACCACUGCAAACAGCUGUGGCAUCCCAACCAGACGUGCGACACGGCGCGGCAACAAAGGGCCCAGCACUUUCGGCUGAGGAGUUUCCGGUCCUCCUCCCUCAGUUACAGCCAGGAGAGCGGAGCUGCAGGUGAUGACAUCAAGCCCUGUCCUCGCUGUGCUGCCUACAUCAUCAAGAUGAAUGACGGGAGCUGUAAUCACAUGACUUGUGCUGUCUGCGGCUGUGAGUUCUGCUGGCUCUGCAUGAAGGAGAUCUCCGACCUGCACUACCUGAGUCCAUCAGGCUGCACCUUCUGGGGUAAAAAGCCCUGGAGCAGAAAGAAGAAGAUUCUGUGGCAGCUCGGCACAUUGGUGGGUGCGCCUGUGGGCAUCGCCCUCAUUGCUGGCAUCGCUAUCCCCGCAAUGAUCAUCGGCAUCCCGGUCUACGUGGGCAGAAAGAUCCAUAAUCGUUAUGAAGGGAAGGACAUCUCUAAACACAAGAGGAACUUGGUAAUAGCUGGUGGCGUGACGCUGUCUGUGAUUGUGUCGCCCGUGGUUGCAGCUGUCACUGUCGGUAUCGGUGUUCCCAUCAUGCUGGCUUACGUCUACGGAGUCGUCCCGAUCUCCCUGUGCAGGAGCGGCGGCUGUGGAGUGUCUGCUGGCAACGGCAAAGGAGUGCGGAUCGAGUUUGAUGACGAAAAUGACAACAUAGGUAGCGGUGCUGCAGCUACAGACACGACCUCGGUGGCGGAGACGCGGCUCAACAAUCCCAGCCUUGGCGACGGAGCGAGCGUGGGCGGCCUCACAGGCCUUAGCCUCAGUGUGAGCGGCAGCCACAUGGAACGCUGUGGCAUGAGCUCCACUCAGCGGGACAACAUGAGCGACAACGCCAGCACCACCGCUCUCGCUGGCACCAGCAUCACCGGCAGCCUGUCUGGCAGCUGCUACAACAGGAUGGAAGUUCAGGCUGACGUCCAGAAGGAGAGGUGCAGUCUGAGUGGAGAGUCGGCCACCGUCAGCCUCGGGACAAUCAGUGAUAACGCCAGCACAAAAGCAAUGGCGGGAUCCAUCCUCAAUGCCUACAUGCCUCUGGAAAGAGACAAUAGUCUGGAGGUGCAGGCGGAUGUGGAGUCCAAACAGGAGAAGGUGAGACACUACAGCGCCAGCAGCAGCCUGGAUGAAGCCAGCUGCAGCAGCAGCACUGCAGGUCUCAAAGGUGCCAGCGGAGGCACAUGCUCAUGUCCCUCCACCUGCUGCUGUGCGCAGCAUGAUGGCCACCGGUGCCCCUCACCACCUUGGUCAAAGGAACCCUCCACUUCAGGGGGAAAGAAGAGCAAAGGAAAGUUGUGGAAAAGAGGCAGCAGCAAAGGAGAGACGAAAAUUAAUGAGACACAAGGAGACAUGGACGCUCAGCUGCUGGAGCAGCGCAGCACUAACUCCUCUGAGUUUGACUCACCAUCCCUGAGUGGCAGCCUGCCUUCAGUGGCCGACUCACACUGUAGCCACUUCUCAUCAGAGCUCAGCUGCUCGGACCCAGAAACCUCAAGACCAGCUCACCCCCCUUGCUCCGGACUGGCAGAUCCCCUCCCUCACCCUGCGACCACCUUCAACGAGAUCACCAUCACGCCCAUGCCACAGGUGGAGCACGACCGCCUCGAGAAUUUCCCAUCUCAGACUGGCCACGCAGCCUUCACCCACCGUCUGCUGUCCUCGUCCCCUCCUGCUUCUCCCAAAGAGGGAAGCAGUGGGACGUUUCUAUACAUCACAGAGGAGAGCAGAGGCGUCACAGCAGACACAGAGCCAGAAAAGGACGAGAACAUAAAAGAAACCACCGACAACAACACCGUACUGCCUGUAAGCCCAACAAGGAAGCGCUGCAUACAAACAGAUAUCUAAAAGAAACUGUGUGACCACUGCUUGCUCAGAUAGCUUCAUCACCUGCUGUCUUCACUCAUCUUGAGAGGCUGGUGAUGAGGUUUAAGGCUCUAAAGUCUAAUUAUACUUUUUUUGAAUCUGCUGUGGAGUCAGAAAUAUUACGUGAAUGUCUAUACAGUUACAGAAAAGGUCGGGUCUAAGAUGGAGAGAGAUGGUGAAUAAAGUAAAUGGAGCACAGUUAAGUGAAAGGUUGUUUCUGCUCUCAGACGGGAAAUGCAGACGUGAACAAGAAGUUCCAGUAGGUGGAGUUUGAAUGUUUGUGGACGGGUGUCAGGCAGGCUUUUUAAUUGUGGGGGAGAUACUUCAGAAAGCCCCAUCCAGCUGUUAUGAUGAUCUGAUUUCUAGCUGAGCAAUCAAGCUCACAGAAAGCAGAACAGAUGAAGCUGGAGCGGAGUGAGUGAAAUGUCUGAUAUUCUUUUAAAUAGUAAGCUGCUAUAAUGAAGCCUAAACCUCUUCUCCUUUUGUCACAUCUGCAAAAUCCUGUUUUCUUUUAUCUCGGGGGGGUUUCCAUGAAUCAGGGACGGAGACGUCAUCACUGUGGUCCACCACCUGUGCCACCAAUUCACUCUCUGUGACUUUUUAACAGCAUGUAAGAAGAAAGAAAGAGAAAGAAAGAAAGAAAGAAGAAAAAAGCACAGCUGCAGGAUUGUUGAACCUUCUUCUGCGGAGCGUCUGAACCUGAGAGGGACCAGUCCAUGCGUGCAGUAGCAAAUUUUAUUUUUCCAUAAUCACCUUAUUAGAAAAACUGAUUAUUGUUGUUUUCAAAUUACUCCUGUCUAUUUGUGCUACGUGUUUGCUUAUUUUUAUUUUCCAUUUUGGGAAAGUUGGUUUUAAUGUUGCAGCCCUGUGUUGGGUCCAAACUUUUUAUUAUAGCGAGCGGGAAUCGUGUUGACGAGGACUCAAACUGCAGUCCUUGCAUCUUUUUAGACAUUGUGGAUUUUAACAGAUGCGAUUUGAGAGCUCGAGCAAAAGACAGAUGCUAUCGUGCAUUCACUUCACAAGCCCCGGUCUGCACUGGCAAACAAAUAUUUAACUGUUCGUGGUUGCACCUGUGCAAAUGUUUUGAGAGAGUUGUUUUUAAGAAAGGGAAUUAUUCCUCAAAAUAAAAUCAAAGCCCGAUUUUUAGAUCAGACACUGCAGCAUUUCUUACAAAUUAUAGGGCUUCUUUUAAUACUCAGUCACUAAAAACCAGAAAUUCAACCAAACAAUGUAUCUGCAAUAAGAAAACUCAGCUUUCAAGAAUUUGUUCAGUCAAGGAAAAGAAAAAAGAUAAAGCUCUGAUCAACUUGUGCAAUGAGAAAAACACUUUUCAGUGAUUUUAAUAUUCAGUAGUGAAUGUAUAAUGAUGCUAUUAUUGUUACAUUUUUAUGUUCCCUCAGUAAUAUCCAAAUCAAAUUAUAAUUUUUUGGACUCACUUUUGGUGUAUUUAACCUAUGUGCUAAGAUUGAAAUGCAAAUAAUUUUAUAUUUGAUGUUGGACCCUCAGUGCCUUUUUGGGGAAAAUGCUUUGUAAAAGUUUUUUUCCCUCCAUUCUGUAUGUCUUCAGAUUAAAAGCAUAUAAGUCAUAAAAAAAGGAUUUCUAUUUAUCUGAUGCUAAAUACUCCCCUGAAUGCUAGAAGACAGAGCUGAUGCUAAUGUGACUCUAGCUGGUUUAGACUACCAAAGACUGUCAGGCUGCCGACAUUCAGACUGAAACACUUGACAGACACAUUAAUGGAGUUGUGAUGGUACCUGAAUAUUUUAAUAAGUUAGGAGCGUUCAGUUUAUGAAGUCGAAUCUUGCUUUCAGACCAGAAAAGCCACCGUGAGACAACCUGAUUUUAGAGGCAGUAUUUUUGAAAUUACAAGAACCAAAAUGUUUGUAUUUUGGGGGAGAAACUGUCUGAAUAUGGUUCCCUGAAGUAGCCAAAACCUGAUGAAGACAGUAGAGUUGAUUUAACCUUUUCAGAUUAGUUUCACCAAGCGCUGUUUGUCAGCUCUUGUUGGCAAUAAAAACCCUUUUUAUCCAAAGCGGCACGAGUAUCUGAGUUCAGCUUUAGUGAGUUUUCAGCCUAGCUCAUCAGUGGUUGCACCUGAAAUCCCCACACUGUUGAUGUUUCUUUUUUUUGAAAAAUGCCCGUUUAACUCCUGUGAGUUUUAUAUUAUUAUUAUUUGAAGACUGGUGCCAGGUCUAUUUUCUAACUUGGUCAAAAGAAGCUUAUGCUAUUUGAAAAAUUAUAUAUUUCCUAAUUAUUUGCUUUGUAAUGUGCAUGUAAAUGCAUAUCCUUAAACAAUAAAAUCUUCAAUCAAG